ACACAGCUGUCAAAAAAACUGCCAAAGUGUAAUACAUUUUUCGUGCUUCAUCGUCUUUUAUUUUAUUUUGCAGUUGAAUCAAAAUAAGUCAAAAACUUAAGCGAUUAGAUAAAAUGUUUUUGUGAAUAUUAAUGUAGUAACUUAUACCAAACACAAACGAAAUUAAUUUAAAGAGUGAUACAUACAACGUAAUAUAAAUAAGUGAUAAAAGUCGGUGGAUCACCCUUAGCAACGCUAUGUAUUGUUUACAAUGUCUGCUACCGGUGCUGCUAAUACCAAAGCCAACUAAUCCAGCUCUAGUGGAAACUCAUGUUAUGUUUAUAGUGCUUUAUUUAAUAGGAUUUUUCCUCGAGCGCAAACCGUGCACAAUAUGCAGUUUGGUCUUUUUGACGGCUGUAUUCCUGAUAUGCUACAGCGGCGUAGGCAAUUGCAUAUUUUGGGGUAAUUGUGAUGGACUGAAGUGUGAAAAUGGCUAGAAAAAACUAUACAAACUUGCAACCACACCCACAAACUAACAACAACAAUUUUUUUUCGCGAAAGUAGUAACUAUUGCAAAGCGCAAGUGACAUCAACUGCAGUAUAAAUUUGUCAAAAAUCUAUUAAUUAGUUAAGUUGGAAAUAAAGAGGCUAAUUUAUUAA